AUGUUGCGUUCUUCUCUGGGGGCAGGCAAAAGCCGAGUGCCUGUGUUGCGGCAACCUAGCUAUGGACGCUGGCUAAGGUCCAACAACCCUUCACUUCGGUGGAAUCAAUUUCGGAGAGCUGCAUCGACAGUAACUAACCUCGAGAGCUACCCUAAUGUGGGAGAACAACUUCAUGGUUUCACCGUUCAGGAGAAGAAGCACGUUCCAGAGCUACACCUCACCGCGGUCCGGUUAAAGCAUGACAAAACAGAUGCAGAUUAUCUUCAUGUGGCGAGGGAAGACAAGAACAAUGUGUUUGGGGUGGGAUUCAAGACCAAUCCUCCCGAUGCCACAGGCGUUCCCCAUAUUUUGGAACAUACUACGCUAUGCGGUAGCGAAAAAUAUCCCGUCCGCGAUCCCUUCUUUAAGAUGCUCCCCCGGUCUCUCUCGAAUUUCAUGAAUGCUUUCACCUCCGCUGACCAUACUACUUACCCAUUCGCGACAACGAAUCAGCAAGACUUCCAAAACCUUCUAUCGGUCUACCUGGAUGCCACACUUCACCCGCUGCUCAAGGAAGAAGAUUUCAGACAGGAAGGAUGGCGACUGGGACCGGAAGACCCCCGCGCUGGCAACACCCAGGACGGGAAGCCGGAGGAUGUCUUGUUCAAAGGCGUCGUUUAUAACGAAAUGAAAGGCCAGAUAUCAGACGCAAACUACCUUUAUUAUAUUAAGUAUAGGGAGAGCAUCUUCCCGGCGCUUAAUAACUCUGGAGGAGAUCCCCAGUACAUCACAGACUUGACACACAAGCAACUGGUUGAGUUUUCUAAGCGAAACUAUCAUCCUAGUAACGCCAAAUUCUUGACCUACGGUGAUAUGCCUCUCAGUGCCCAUUUGAAGCAGAUUGGUGAUGUGUUGGACGGUUUUGGGAAGGGAGAGGCUGACACCUCUGUCAAGCUUCCCAUUGACCUUGGCCACGGCCCUUCAAACAUAACUGUUCCAGGACCUAUUGAUACAUUCGCCGACGCAGACAAACAAUAUAAGACCUCAACUUCCUGGUAUCUAGGAGACACAAGCGACGUUGUUGAGACGUUCUCAGCCGGCAUCUUGUCCUCCUUGCUGCUAGAUGGCUAUGGCUCUCCGAUGUACCGCGCAUUGAUCGAGAGCGGCUUGGGCUCGUCAUUUACUCCUAACACUGGCCUUGAUACCUCUGGCAGAGUACCUAUCUUCUCUGUCGGCCUCACUGGCGUUGGCGAGGAGGAUUCUCCAAAGGUCAAAGAAGCUAUUCAGAAGGUGUAUCAGGACAGUCUUUCUGCUGGGUUCAGUGACGAGAAGGUUCAAGGCUUCCUCCACCAGUUAGAACUCGCGCUGAGACACAAAACGGCAAACUUCGGUAUUGGUGUGAUGGAGAAGACUAUUUCCUCAUGGUUCAACGGUGUAAACCCAAUGAAGGAGCUCGCUUGGAAUGAGGUUAUCAACGAAUUCAAAAAGAGAUACCAGCAAGGGGGCUAUCUGGAGUCAUUGAUGCAGAAGUACUUGAUGAACGAGAGUUGCCUGACAUUUACCAUGGUUGGCACGCCUACAUAUCACCAAGAGUUAGACCAGCAGGAAAUGGUUCGGAAGGAAAAUAAGCUCAGUCAACUUGUUGAGCAACAUGGAUCUAUGGAGAAAGCUAUAUCUACUCUCCGGGAGCAGGAGUUGCAGUUGCUCAAGACGCAAGAGGAGGCACAAAAUGCUGACCUCGGAUGCUUACCUUCCCUGCGUGUUGAGGACAUUUCUCGAGAGAAAGAGCGCAAGCCGGUGCGGGAGUCGAAGGUCGACGAUAUCGAUGUUGUCUGGCGCGAGGCCCCCACCAAUGGCCUGACGUAUUUCCAAGCAUUGAAUGCCUUUGAAGACCUCCCGGAUGACCUUCGACUGCUCAUGCCCUUGUUCAACGAUUGCGUUAUGCGUUUGGGCACUGCCAAUAAAACCAUGGAACAAUGGGAAGACCUGAUUAAGCUGAAGACCGGCGGGGUUUCAUCGUCCACAUUCCACACUUCGUCUCCAACUGAACUAGGCAAGUUUAACGAGGGGCUUCAGUUCUCUGGUUUCGCUUUGGAUCAAAAUAUUCCCGACAUGUUAGAAAUUCUGACCACUCUUAUCACGGAGACGGACUUUACUAGUGCCUAUGCGCCAGCUAUGAUCCAGGAAUUAUUGCGACUGACUACAAAUGGCGCACUGGAUAGUGUUGCCGCAUCAGGUCAUCGUUUUGCUCUUAAUACUGCAGCAGCAAGUCUUUCUCGCAGCUUUUGGGUACAGGAGCAGCAAUCUGGUCUGGCACAGCUCCAGGCCACUGCUAAUCUCCUGCGCGAUGCUGAGACCUCACCCGAACGGCUGGCAGAAUUGAUUGAGAAACUUCGCUUGAUCCAAUCUUUCGCCAUCUCCAAAUCAUCUAGUAUCCGUGUUCGCAUGGUGUGUGAACCGAGCAGCGCACAUCAGAAUGAAGGCGUUUUGCAGAAAUGGCUGGCUGGCUUGCCCCAGAUCCGCUCACCUACAUCUGUGGAUGCCGGUUCAACGCAGCAAAUUUCUAGUAAAGCAUUUUAUGAUAUGCCUUACAAGGUUUACUACUCGGGGCUAGCUAUGCAAACGGUCCCGUUCGUUCACAAAUCCAGUGCACCACUUAGCGUGCUCUCUCAACUCCUUACACAUAACUAUCUUCACCCGGAGAUUCGGGAGAAAGGAGGUGCGUAUGGUGCCGCAGCCAGCAACGGUCCGGUCAAGGGUAUUUUUGCCUUGACCAGUUAUCGGGACCCGAACCCCCUCAAUACUCUGAAGGUGUUCCAGAACAGCGGCAUUUUCGCCCGUGACCGUUCUUGGUCUGAGCGGGAAUUAAACGAGGCCAAACUAGGUAUCUUCCAAGGCCUGGACGCCCCGAUGAGUGUUGAUGAGGAAGGAUCCAGAUAUUUCAUGAGUGGCGUCACGCAUGAAAUGGAUCAGCGCUGGAGAGAGCAGCUCCUCGAUGUCACUGCGAGGGAUGUUAAUGAGGUUGCACAGACUUUCUUGGUGGACGGCCCCCGGCAAUCUGUGUGCCUUUUGGGCGAGAAAAAGGAUUGGGCAGAGGAUUGGGAGGCUGCCCCUGCCCAUGAGAUUGUGUCAUUAGCGGAGGGUGGACAAUGCCCAACUUUCUUGCCUCACUCGGCACAGUCUGAUCCAACUGCAGGGUCAGUUCUCAAUCGGCUGGACCGAAUUGAAGCCAUUCUAGGUAUUCAUAAAGGAAGAUAUGCCGCAGGGGCAAUUGGGCUUGAUUCGGAUCAAGACGAAGAGACCAAUGUGCCAAAUUCCGAACUCUCGAAAGCUGUCAGACAUCUGAGACUCAUAUCUCGCCCACCACAAGAUAGUAGUCUUUGGUCCUACCCCACAGUUAAGAGUCUAUGGGAAACAUUUCUCAAUAAUCUACCACUAUUGCACUUUCUAAAAGACCACAGAGCUUUCUCAUCCCCUUCGCCCCUGUUGCUUGCUUCCGUGCUCUACAUAUCUGCACUCCAUAACCCAAUUAAGGAACUCGCAUCAUUGGCAGGUGAGUAUUUUGUAGCCACUUGUGAUGCAAUCACUGAACUGGUUAUCCCAACUCCUCUACCAAAUGUCCUCGGCAGAUUUAGAUCACAUCCUGCAGGUCAGAAUCAUCAAAGCUGUAAAGAUGAAGACAAGACGUUCCAGAAUAUCCUGGGCCUUAUAAUGGCUAGUCUGGUAUCUGAGGCCUACAUUGAGACCACUGACAAGUGGAUAGCAAUUGCCUACCGACUCUUGCUAGACAGUUGCCCAACUGACUUGAAUGACUUGUCUCAAGACUGGUGUGGUCUACUUUCUGGUAUUCAGGUGAUUGAUAUCGAGCAUGCGUCCAUGCACAUGUGUCAUCCUCUCCUACCUAGGCAACCACCUACUCCAGCUCUCCAACAAUUAAACAGCCACGAGGGGGAUGCAUAUCGGGGUCUAACACAGAUUAUGCACCAGGGACUCAGUCAUUUCGUGGGACGGGGCCUACCUACUAUAUGGUCCUUCGUUAGCUCCACUGGAAUCGACACCAUAAGUCAUGUCCGUACACCCUUCACGGAGGAAGACUCGAGGGUUAUCCGACUCUGGGCACGGAGACUUGAUGACUGGCUUGUCCGAUACAAUGGGACAUCUCAACCCUCUCCAUCAGACCGUCAAGGAAUACUCAUUCUUUUACAAUACCACCUUCACAAACUAUACGUGCUGUCGAUCUAUCAUCCAGCCCGCGGAUUUGACAUGAGCUCCACAAACAUUACUCCAUCAGAAAGGCAUGAAUUGCUAGUAUCAGCACGAACCGUGCUACGACUCCGCCAAGAUGAUGCUAGUAUAUGGUCUAACUGGGACCUCAUAAUGAUAACAUGGGCCGCGAUGCUCCUCUUGCGGGGUGUGGAGGAUGGUAUGAUACGCCAAGAUGAUCUGGGUCUUAUCCAAACACAUAUCAACAGCCUAGAGCGAAGCGAUCCUUCGGUACCUAGCAUUCAUAGAGUGCUUGCGGAUCGGAUUCAGUCCAGCAUGCAGAGCAUGCACACUCCCCCUGAUAUGAGCAAUGAGCUACCUUUACCACCAUCCAACUUGGAGCAUUCGUGGACAAUAUUUGAUCAAGAGAUAAUGUCACUCGCAAACCCGUCCUGGCUUUUCGAAGGGCCUUCAGUCGCACGGUACACCGAUGGCCUGACCGCCACCAGCCCCAGUAGCUUUGACUCUAACAAACAGUGGGGCUCCACAGAACAGCUGGCUCGUAUGCGAAUGUCAAGGUUUAAUCCAGCAUUCGGCCAUGGGAAAGCAGCGGGCAAUGAUCACUAUUUGCUAUGA